UCCACCCACUCACCAUGUUUUCACUCCGCCUAAGCACCGGCGUGUUCCUUCACGCUGGAAGAAAAGGCUGACUGAUAACGUCCGGAAGCUUGCUCGACCAAUGGAAUUUGCCUGUGGGUACACUUAUGUUUUCCCUCUGAAAUCAGCACAGAAACCAAAUAAUAAUGGCAUUAAACGAUCAGCCCUUCUCCCACCAAAACAUAAAAUUCGCCCCUCUACACCUCCUCCUCCCCCUCCAAACACUUCUAAAGAACCGAAAAGCCACCAAAGCCCUAAUCUUGGACAAAGGUUGGAGGAACAUGUCAUUGAAAGAGAUGAUCGAAUGAGAACGUUCAACAAGGAACCCUUUUAUCAGAAUGCAGCCUUUCACCAGAAAGGAAACACACAAAUGGGUGAAUCGGUUGCCCCUAAUCUGGUUGUAAAUUGUCUCCCUCAGCCAAAGCAAGGAGAGAAAAAGAAGGCUCUUUUGCCCAAGGUCAAAAGCUGCUCCUUGCCCUCUGGUCUCGAUUCUGCUUCAGACUGCAUUGCCUUUCCGGAGCAGGGCCUUGUCUAUGACCUACCUGAACCAGAGGAAGAUGACGAGGCAAAUCCAUUCGAACCCGAGUACUCCUACAGCAUUCCAGAAGGCACCGGAAUUCAACUUAGAUACCCUGACACCGUGCCUGAAAUCAAACUGCCGCAGAAAUCGGCUGAUUUGCCGCCACUUCCUCCAAGGCCAUCCUUCAUGAAAAGACUUCCACAGUACCAGAUGUGGUCCAACACCACCUUGUCUUCUGAUAGUUCCUCCUCUUCCACAUCAGCCAGUGUUACUCAUCCCCCUUUUCCAGGUGCCCCACUUGAGGCUCCGGUUGACAAGCAACCCUUGCCGGGCAACCCGAACGUUAUUCUCGUCACUCUCGGAAAAAUAGUGACCGAGGAAAAUGUGAACAUCGUACAAAAAGAGCCGGCGACCUGCGCACGCUGUGGGUCAGCGUCAGAAUCCAUUUAUGAAAAUUUGGUGGACAGUUGUUAUUUCUGCCAGUCAUGGAAAUCUUCAGAUUCCUCAUCUUCUCAGCCUUGUUGUCCCUCAAUGGAAUGUCAAGACUGCCUCUUUCUCUUGCCUCCUGAAUCUGAGAAGCCGAAGUCUCCUCAUGACUCACUCAUCAUAUUUUGUAUUGAUAUCUCGGAGUCUAUGACUGCUUCUUCACAAAUUAGUGAAUCUGGACAGGCUGUAUCCAAACCGCACAUCCAGUAUGUGCAACAGGCUCUUCUGCAGUGUGUACAAACCCUCAGCAAGAAAGACCCGAACACCAGGGUGGGACUCAUCACCUUCAAGGACCGGGUGGUCCUGCAUGGUCGUGGGAACCUCAGCUCCCCGUUCCUUUGGGGAAAAGAGCUGGAAGACAGAGAUUAUGUGCAGAAGACCGCGGCUGGAUUCCCAAGUCCUCCUCCGCUUUCGGAAAGUAGAGAGUGGCUGGACAGAGAGAUCCACAGUCUUUCUUCGCCUGCACAGUUGUCCACUUCACCGCUGAGACUGCAGAGGCAUGGGAAGUGUGCCACCGGUCCCGCUCUGCUUGUUGCCAUCACAAUGGCCUCCCGACAGCCGGGGUCCAAGGUGGUGAUUUGUACCAGCAGCAAGGCCAACACCAAGUUAGGGAACCUGGAAGUGGACGACACCGACUCUCACUCGCUUCUCCCUUCAUCCAUCUUCUACCAGGAGCUAGGAGAACAAGCUGCGAAUCAUGGGGUGACGGUGUCAGUGCUGACGUUAGAGGGGACGGACUGCCGACUGGAUGAACUUGGGAAGCUGGCCGACAGAACAGGGGGGAGGGUGGUGACCGCCUGUCCGAGCGCCCUUUGUGCCGAAUUUCUGCGGGCGGUGGAGAGGGUGACCGCUGCCACGCACUGCACUGUCACCGUGCUGCUUCCAACUGCUCUAUGUGUGAGAGGGGAACGGGAGGCUGGCCACAGGGCAACCAGGGAUGUGGGCAAUGUGACUUCUGCAACUGAGAUCACCUUCCAGUUCACAGCGAGUGAAGAGGAUACCGAGGCUUUGCUCUCCACUGGCAAAGUGCAGAUCCAGCUGCAGGUACGAUACAGACGAGCAGAUGGACGGUCCGUGUGCAGGGUGCUGUCGGUCAGGAGAAUGGUGACCGGAGACAGCGCGCUGGCCCUCUCCUCCACGUCCCUCUCCAUUCUUCAGCUACACGUCUCUCAGUCCUGUGCUGCCCUGGCAUUAAGGGGGCGCUAUAAAGUUGCCCAGAAUGAAGGAGGGAUGCAGAAAAAGUUGAUGGAGAGAAUCCUAGAUUACGUCCAAAGUUCAGAGGAGGCGCAGAAGCACAGGGAAUGGGAAGAGAUCAUGGACCCCCUCUGCAGCAGCAUUAGCAAGUACACAAGGACCAAGCCUGUUUCCAUGUCGGACGUACAGUCUCUCACAGACGCGGGCGCCGUGCUGUUCUUCGGCUUGAAGAGCGGGAACCGGACGUCUCCGCUACGGAGGAACGGGGCCGAACCCCGUUCGUGAAGCCCCGCCCCCCUCCCCCAUCCGGGGGCCCGUGCCGGACGGCGAUCCGGUCCACGGCGAAAAGAGCGGCAUCCUUAAGGGGGGAGAAGCACUUAGGCCGUGCUUGCGUCGCACCGACAGCUUGACAUCACGUAUUCGGGCCCGCGCUGGCAUCGGGGGAGAUGGAAAGCGAACAUUCGCAGUGGCUGAUAAUCCUGCCGGCCGGGGACAGCGUCAGCGCGGCUCAUCCGAGGAUCCGCCGCUCCCCUCCCCGCUGCCCCCCCAGCCUCUUUUUCUCGUCCCCGGCUCCCAUCCAUCCUCUCACCUCACCUCCUUCGCUCUGCAUCUUUCAUUCUCUCCCCCUGCUCCCUCUCAGCUGGGCAACCGCAGUCCAGUCUCCGUGCCCUAAACGUCGCCCGCUAACCAGCAACGCACGGACUCGACAGACAGCAAACAAACAAACAUCCCCCCACCCCCGCCACCAUUCUUUCCAUUCGCUGCACCUCCCCGAGUCCAGGU